AUGACUUCCGUACAGCAAUUGUUUUCGCUAGAGGGCCAAACGGCUCUCGUCACAGGCGGCACGCGAGGGAUAGGUCAAGCAAUGACCCUCGCCCUGGCUGAAGCUGGCGCAGACAUCCUCCUCGUCCAGCGCGACACGUCCAACCAGUCCACCAAACAAGCCAUCGAAGCCCUCGGUCGCCGCGCAACCAUCUACACCGCCGACCUCUCCUCUCCCGCCUCCGUCGCCGCCCUCCUCCCCUCUAUCCUGGAGAAAGAACCCAAUACCCGCAUCUCCAUCCUCCUCAACUGCGGCGGCAUCCAAAAGCGCCAUCCCUCUCACCAAUUCCCCACCGAAGACUGGGACGCUGUCAUCCAAGUCAAUCUCAACGCCGUCUUUACCCUCGCCCGCGAUGUGGGCGCACACAUGCUCGCUCAGCCCGCAGACCUUCCCGGCGGCCGUCGGGGGAGUAUCAUAAACAUCGCCUCUCUCCUCUCCUUCCAAGGUGGGCUCACGGUCCCCGCCUAUGCCGCGUCAAAAGGCGGUGUCGCACAGCUCACGAAAGCAUUGAGCAAUGAGUGGGCUGGGAAGGGCCUCACAGUCAACGGGAUUGCCCCGGGGUAUAUCGCGACGGAGAUGAAUACGGCGCUUAUGGAAGAUAAAGAGCGUGCCGCAAGUAUAUUGGCGAGAAUUCCGGCGGGCAGGUGGGGACGGCCGGAAGAUUUCAAGGGCGCGGUGGUGUUUUUGGCGGCCGCGGCGAGUGCGUAUGUUAGUGGGGAGAUUUUGACGGUGGAUGGGGGCUGGAUGGGGCGGUAG